AUGAUGUGUGUAGUUUGCUCAAUUAACUGGCGAUUUGCUAAGCAUGUUUAUCACCUCUGUUCUAUUGCUCCAGAAUUUACGUUGACAUUUUCUACGUCAAUACUUCCUACAACACCACAAGGUGUUUUGAAUACGUGGAUAGCUUGCAAAGCGAUCAUUUAUCGGGCGCCCCAACUUAUAACGAACUGCAAAUUCAAAAAAAUAGUUUCCAGCUAUGGAAUAGCUGAUGUUACAGUACAAGCAAAAAACGCAACCGUUUGGGUAAGGCAGAAGGAACUUAUGAUACAACUGAAUGCGAAAAACCGAGAGGUGUGCCUUUUCAACGUGGCACAGAAGGUGUAUUUUAAGGGUUAUUAA